CUCAUGUCCUCCUGCUUCCUCUCAUUGUUUUACUUUCUUCAUGGAAAAAACAGAAAAGGAGAGUUAUUCAGCGUUUUGUGAAUCACGAGAAGGCAGAACCACAGAUGGAGCAGAUCCAGAUGAAGCUCCGUACCUCGGCUGCAGACUCGUGAGAUCAACAUGGCUGAGAUGCACAGAGUGACAGCGCAGGGCAGGAAGAAAUGGGUCUUUCCACAGAGAAGUGCGACUGAUGAAAGUAAACCGAGUGUUCGUUCUGCUGACAGAGAUGCUGACAGAAAUCUGUCAGUUCCCUUCAGAGGUCACAUCACAGGUGGGAUGCGGCCGGGGAUGAAGAUAGUAGUGAUGGGGGUUGUGGACUCCCGUCCUGACAGGUUCUAUGUUGCCCUGACUUGUGGCUGUGGAACAUCCGGAGAACCUCCGUCUGAUGUGGCCCUGGAGCUCUGUGUUCGAUUCAGGGACCGCCAAGUCCUGCGAAGAGCCUGUGUGUCUGGAUCAUGGGGGGACAUCGAAAGAGCCGUCCCUUUCUUCCCCUUCAUCAGAAACCAGCCCUUCAAGAUGGAGAUUCGCUGUGAACAAAGCCGGUUUCUUGUGUUCGUGGACGGGCAGCAGCUGUUUGACUUUUGCCACAGACUGACAUCACUCGGCGACAUCAACACAUUAUGGGUCAAAGGCAGCAUCGCCAUCACUAAACUGGCUUGAAGUAAAAGGACUUCACUGUUGAACACGAGUCCCUUUCAAAGACACGGAUCUCAACUCUUUGGGCACAAACUGCCAGAACUCCCCUUGUCUGAACACGGUCUGUUUUCACUGUGGACAUUUUGGUAUCAGAUGCUUGAAGUUUAAUGAUAAAUGAUAAAUGAUGAUGAUAAAAAUAAAGAAUUUACAAAUGUG